CGUACCACCUUAAUCCAAGAAGAUCCUCCUUCACAAUUAUGGUUUCCAUCAAUGUUGUUUUUCCUCACAUGGGUCACAUGGGAUGGCGAAUGCAAGGGGCACCCUGAUUGUUUUUAAAAAUCCUCCAAUUGUUAAAGUUUGCACUUUUACUGAAUAUGAACAAGAGAGUGAUGUUUGUAUACCCAGUGCCUACAAGAAAUAUCCCAGCCUACAAUGGAAAGGAGUAAAAGUUGACCUUGACAAGGAUUCAAAAGAGAAUUCCAGUCAUACCAAAUAUGAAUGUUCUGUGUCGACAAAUUCAACCGAAUCAGCAAUGAUUUUGGAUUAUAAUCCACAGAAAUCGUGUAGAUUAUCUGAUAUAUUCAAAUCUGAAACCAGUGAUAAAUCAGAAAUCAAAGGCGGCUACUUUGUGAAUAAGCAUGGAAAAAAGAGGAAAUUCUUUGAACAAAUAUGUGACCUUGGUAGUGAGGAGAAUGAAAUGGAACACAUUUUCCACAAAGUACUUCACAAAGACAGUAGCACCAUAGCAAAUAAUUUUGCACAAACUCAAGAGUUCACAGAGAAAGAGACAAGCACAGAAGAACAGCAAUAUGAAGAUGGAUCAUGUGAUCUGUUUGAUUCUUAUACUGACAUGUAUUUAACUCAGGCAAGUCCUACAUCAGCUCAGCAACAUCCGAAUUCAGCAAAAGAGCAGAUUUUACCAGAUUCUUACUAUGAAUACAGUGGCAGGAGUUACAAUGUUGAGAAGUUGUGCAAGCAAGAGAGGACUGGAAAGUUCAAUAUUCUUGCACUGGUGUUGCAAGUAAACACUGAAGACGUAGUUAGAUUGAAGAAUGGUGAAUUUGCAACAUUUGCGUCACUUUUUGUUGCUGACAAAGAAUCACAGUAUGUCCAGCUUACUCUCUGGCAUCAUUUAAAAGACUGGGUCAAGAACAUCGAUGCUGGGUCUAUUUUACUUGUAACUGAUGUUGUUCAGAAGAUGUGGAAAAACAAGAUGUCACUUGCAACAACAGAUGAAUCAAAGCUGUUUAAUUUUCAUCAACCAAAGGAGCCAUUUCCUGAAUUUUGGGAAAAUGUAAUAAAAAGAAAUGUUUUGAGGGAUUUUUUGUGCUGUAUGAAGAAAACCUACAAAGCACUGUGCCGGGAAGAUAGCACCAUUUAUGGCCAGUCACUGAAAACAGCACAAGAUAUUGAAUCAUUUGAUUCUUUGAUGCCUGGCACAAUUGUUAAUUUUAAAGGCAGUGUCAUAAGCAUGGAUGUUUGUUCUGAUCAGUCAAAGAAAAGAGCUUCAAAACAACUGCAAAAACCACUUAUACUUCUCUGUUUACGGGAUGUUCAUGGGAACAAAGCACGGAUGUCUAUCUGGGGCAAUCGAACAAUGUUGUUAUCAGAACUGCGUAAAAAUCAGGGAAACUGGAUGAAUUUCUCUUUCGUGGCUGUCAGAUCGACGUUGUCCGGAGACAGUCUUGAGCUGCACUCAACAUCAACCACCAAGAUCGGUUUUGUUCCAGGGCAUGAUAAGCUAAUGGCAUCAAAAGAUGCCUGGUCACAAGAUAAGACGCCUUCGAUUGGGACAUUAGAAAGUAUUGACGGUCGAGUUACUUGUUUGGAAAUAACAGACAAGCAGGGACGCUGUGGUAGAGUAUCGUUGGGAACUUUCCAAAGGCCACCAACGGAGGAUUCUUUUGAUGCAAAGACUGAGGCGGAUAAUAUUCUUGAGAGUUUGGCCAACAUGAAAUACAUUGGAUGCAGACAAUGUCUUUGUGAACUGGAACAAUCGAGAGACGGUACCACACAGCCUUGUAAACGAUGCUUGUCUGUGUCUUGGAAAUAUGACUUUUCAACAGUAGAGACAGUACGUCCUUUCCGAUUGUUUGUCGAGACAAAGUGCGAUAGAAACGUCCCAGUUACUGUUUUUCCUGAUGUUUUCAAUAGGCUUAAAAGCUCAGAUCUUAUCACAAAUGUAUUUCACCUCAGCGAAAUAGCAAAACAUGGGUGGGAAAAUAGAUCUGAACUAAUUAUCUACUGUGAGAAAAUAUUCGAUGAAUAAGAAAGAGUUUUCAUGGUUUUGCAAGGAAACAGUGGCGAAAGUGACACAGUUGUAAGCGAGCAACUUUACUUUUUGAAAGAUAUAGGAGAACAAUCAGUAAAAGAAAAAUCUUAGAUAUAAGAUUAAUUAGUGUUUCUGUAGCAGUAAAUCCUGCCAAAGGAAUGCAUCAAAAUUUGCUUAAAAUUCCGUUUGCAAUACAACUUUGCUUGUGUUCGAAUAUGAAGAGGUUAUCAAAACAAUCAACGAAAGGCUUUUAUCAAGGAAUUAAGAUUUUCCAAAUUGAUUCAUAGACACGUUCAAAAACAACCAAUUAAGUACAGUCCUUUGCUAAACCGGAUAAGUACAGCUUGGAAGUAGUCUGAUAGCAUCUCUAUUAAUGGUUAUUGUUUUCUUAUUUGGAUUGGAAUGCAUGGGCCCUCAGGGACAAAUUUGUGAGAGCUACAAAUGCUGUUGGAAUUGGCUUAAAUGAACGACAACUGACAUUGAUUACCUGCACGUUGUGUUUAUACUCUGAUCUGUUCUUUAGGAAUGUGUUAAACAGGAAAAAUAAAAUGAGUGUUUAUCAAAAACAACAGUGUUUCGAGACUCGUAUAGAAAAGGCAGCAUUAGACAU